UGGAUGCAAACAAUCAGGCAGGAAACUGGUGAGGAACGUGUUUCCACACCACUAGAAACUGGGAGAGUUGUCAAGACACACGCGCACACACAGAGUGAGAGAGACAGAGAGAGACAGAGAGAGACAGAGACAGACAGAGACAGACAGAGACAGAGAGAGAGAGAAACAGACAGAGAGAGAGAGAGAGAGAGAGAGAGAGAGAGAGAGAGAGAGAGAGAGAGAGAGAGAGAGAGAGAGAGAGAGAGAGAGAGAGAGAGAGAGAGUUACAGAGACAGAGAGACACAGAGUGUUGGGUUGAUUGUGUAGAGACCAACAGCAAAGCUACAGUAAGUAAAAAGUGAAUGUUUGGUGGUAAGAAGUCAAAGCUGAUUAGGUAAUUUCACUUCUUCAUAUUACGAAGCCUGACUUCUGCAGUUGAAUUGCGGUGGAAUUCCCAGACAUAGCUUCACAUUACGAAGGAUGAAUGCCAGUCUGUCUAACUCCACGGAGCAGAAAUGCGUGCGGGACACCAGUGUGACUGCCGUGCUGUUUCCAUGCCUCUACAGCGCCCUCUUCCUGGUGUCGCUGGUACUGAACUGCCUGGCAGCCUGGAUCUUCUUCAACAUCCCCAGCACCUCCACAUUCGUGGUCUACCUGAAGAACGUGGUGGUGGCAGACCUGCUGAUGACGCUGACCAUCGCAGUGAAGGUCCUUAGCGACGCUGGGGUGGGAUCCUGGCGCCUGAGAGCCUUCCACUGUCGCUACUCUGCUGUGCUCUUCUACAGCACCAUGUACAUCAGCAUCCUGCUGCUGGGCCUCAUCAGCCUGGACCGAUACCUGAAGAUCGUGCGGCCGUUUGGGAAGAGCGCCCUCCAGAGGGUGGGGGUGGGACAGGCGCUGAGCACGGCAGUCUGGGUGGUCGUCACGGCGCUGGCGUUGCCAAACGUUGUCCUGAGCAACCGGGCGCCUGUCCCCUCUGGGGGCGGACUGAAGUGCACCUCUCUGAAGGAAGAGGCGGGGCUACGCUGGCACGAGGGCUUCAACUACUUCUGUCAGGUAAUUUUCUGGGGCACCCUGCUGGAAAUGGUGUUGUGCUACAGCUUCAUCAGCAGGAAGGUGUUCCAGUCCUACAAGGCCUCUCGCAGCAACUGCAAGGCCGCGGGCCGCCAGACCAAGGCCAAGGUGUUCGUGGUGGUGGGCGUGUUCUUCCUCUGCUUCGCCCCAUUCCACUUUGCCCGCGUGCCAUACACCCUGACGCAGACCCGUAACCUCGGCAACCCCUGCCGGGCGCAGAACGCCCUCUACGUCGCCAAGGAGACGACCCUGUGGCUGUCCGCCACCAAUGUGUGCCUGGACCCGCUCAUCUACGUCUUCUUGUGUCGGGCGUUCCGCAGGAAGCUGACCGCCGCGCUCGGACGCAAGCUCUGCCCACGGGACGGGGCAGAGUCUCCCACGGCAACAUCCACUCAGCUGGAGAUGUCGCAGGUUGCCCCCAGCAACAGGAUGUUGGAGGUCGUAUCAUCCCAGCAGCACGACAAACAAUGACGCUUGCGUUUUUCACUUCCUACUUGAACUUCCUUGUUGGACUGUGACCUGAUCUGACCUUCUGCCAGGUACUUCUCCACCAACCAUGCUUUGGCCUGAUCCCCGGAACAGCCAAUGGGAACAGACAUUGUCCUAACAGAACGCUAUGCUUCUGUUUCUUAAAGCAUAGCGCAGAGUAAUAUGUCUUGAAUAAGGACUUUUGUUAGUAAUUCUGUUAUACAAGGUGAGACCAUAACAAGGUACUGUAACAGGAGAACCACCUCUAACCGGAAACAUGUAGCAUCCAGAAAGUUCUAGAAAAUCACUUAGAGAAAAUGUGAUAUGAGAAUAUGCAGCUCGUAGUAGUAGCUGGAGAACUAGAGGUGUGACUUGUCACUAUGUAAAUAUACACAGAAAAGACCAAAUGUUAUCCUGUAAUAUUAUAAAAACAA